CAUAUAAGCCGCUCCCGCUCCCGCCUCCCCUUCCCGCUUCUUCACCACCUCACACCAGCUUCCCGCACACUGUCCGGAAAUGUCUGCCGUCGAAGCCGUCAAGCAAAAGCGUGCCAAGGCCUACGCCCAUCUCGAUGAGGCCAAGCUCGGCUGGUUCCACUUGAGAGCCGUCCUCGUCUCUGGUGCCGGUUUCUUCACCGACCAGUAUGACAACUUCAUCAUCAGCUUGGCCCUGCCCAUGAUCUACCAGGUCUACUACCCCUCGGACCCCUCCAUGCUCAAGGCCUCCAACUUCACCAAGCAGUACCCCGACUACGACGCCUGGAUGAAGGCCGCCACCCCCUGGGGUAACUUUGUCGGCCAGGUCGGCUUCGGUUACCUCGGUGACAAGCUCGGCCGCAAGAACAUGUACGGUAUCGAGCUGAUCGUCAUCAUCGUCUCGACCAUCGGUUCCGCCUUCUCUGCCAGCUCUGUCCGUGGUGCCAACAUCCUUCAGGUCCUUGCCGUCUGGCGUUUCUUCCUCGGUAUCGGUAUCGGUGGUGACUACCCUCUCUCUGCCAUCAUCACCUCCGAGUUCGCCAACGUCAAGUGGCGUGGUAUGCUCAUGGCCGCCGUCUUCUCCAUGCAAGGUGUUGGUAUCCUCGUCGGUGCCCUCGUCACCCUCGCCACCCUCGCCGCCCUCCAGUCCUACAUUGUUGCCGACCCCGCCUACCUCGACCUUGUCUGGCGUAUCAUGAUCGGUUUCGGUGUCAUCCCCGCCAUGUCUGCCAUCUACUUCCGUCUCACCAUCCCCGAGACUCCCCGUUACACCGUUGAUGUCAUUGGUGCCGUCGACCAGGCCGCCGCCGAUGUCGAGAAGGUCCUCGCCCUCAACUCCACCGCCGAUGUCUCCUCCAACUGGAAGGGUGAGGAGGUCGCCGAGACCCGCGCCAACGUCAAGAAGGGUGGCUUCUGGGCCCACUUUGGCCAGUGGAAGCACGGCAAGGUCCUCAUCGGUACCUCCGUCGCCUGGUUCUGUCUCGAUGUCGCCUGGUACGGUCUUACCCUCAACCAGGGCACUGUCCUUACCCUCAUCAACUGGAACGGCUCCAACUCGCUCGCCCCCUACGACAACUACUUCCAGAAGACCAUUGGCCAGAUCAUCAUUGUCUCCAUGGGUACCCUCCCCGGUUUCAUUGUCGUUGUUGCCCUGAUCGAGAAGCUCGGCCGCAAGCCCAUCCAGCUCCUUGGCUUCGGUGUCAUUGCCGUCUGCCUGUUCAUCAUCGCCGGUGCCUGGAACACCAUCAAGACCAACACCGUCUUCUUCACCAUCGUCUACACCAUUGCCCAGUUCUUCUUCCAGUUUGGCCCCAACACCACCACCUUCGUUGUUCCCGGUGAGGUCUUCCCCACCCGCUUCCGUUCCACUGCCCACGGUAUCUCUGCCGGUCUCGGCAAGCUCGGUGCCAUCGUCGGUACCCAGGCCAUCAGUGGUCUCUGGAACAGCAGCCCCACCGCUGUCAUCUACAUCUUUGCUGGUGUUAUGGUUGUUGGUGGUGCCUCCACCUUCCUGAUCCCCGAGACCAAGGGCAAGACUCUUGAGGAGCUCUCUGGUGACGACGAGGUCUUCCACACUGAUGCUUAAACGACCACCCCCCCCAUCUCCUGGAUACUUCUGUCUUCACCGUUUGUCCGGCCCUCGCCCUCUCCUCGCUUGUCCCAGAGUCCUUUUUUCCUGAAAUUCUAGAGUUUUUCCUUUCCUCCUUCCUGCCAAUCGACAUGUCCAAAAUCCACCACACACGCUCACAACUCCACGCUCCAGCUCGGCUUGAUCUGUUCAGUUCUCUCUUUUUUUUGUUGAAUUCACAACCCGACCACAUCUCUUGUCUCUCUCCACAAAGUGUUUAUAGAGUGCAAUCCGCAAGUUUUGUACUAUAGUUUGAUGCCGAAUGAAUGAAUAAACCACUCUGGGC